UUCUGAACAUCUGAUGAAAUAAUAACAGACAGUGAAGGAUACGAAAAGCAAAAAGUACCUACGCAGAUACAACAUCACUUUUAUUUGACGCUACGACUCUCUAUUAUCGCGGCCAAGCGACGUUUUAUUUCGUUGUACUACAUCCACCUUCGUUUACCUCGUCUAUCUUUCUUACCCCUCACCUACACCUAGAAGCAAAACGAGCAGCCCAGCAUGGUGUUUAUGAUUCUGCAAGUGAAGGCGGACCUGGAGAACCUGGACAAGCUUGUGUUUCCCCCGGACCAUUUCUGGACCAUGGAUAUCAAGAACUCGCAGGCGGAAGAGUACCGGGAAAGAAUAACGGUGAACAAGGACGAUAAAGUCGAGAUUCCCAACACAAAGAACGCCACGGCAAACUUUUUGGUGAAAUGGGAGGACGCGAAGCAGCACAGCAGUAUUUUUUUUUUUUUUGCGAAAGUGACGUUGUAUCUAUCCCAUGGCUAUUUCCGCCGGAAGAAGAUGUCGGGAGCAAGUGAUAUGGGAUUGGGCAAGAGCCGCUGCUGCGGCUACUUACUUCCCCCUGUUCUUGCGCGACUCGUGUGCAGAAGCCCAGGUCUGUACAAAGAAAUUCCUGUGUCUGCUGCUGCAAAGUCUCACGUGGCAACCGACCAAAUUCUGCAUAAACAGGUAUCAGCAUCGCGGAGCCUUCGCGAACAGGGCCUUUGAAGGGAAAAAAACUCGACGGGGAAUACACCAACAGCGGGCAGUGGCAAGACAUUGUAGCCUUCGAGUGCAGAGGAGCGGAGCCCUGCAAAUACUACCCAACCCGGGGCUACGUGGUCGUGAAUGCCAAGGGGAACUACAUUCCAGACGUAUAAACUUAGUGACUUUUGUCCUCAAGCAACUGUAAUGCAAUGUAUGAAAGUUCGAAGUCGAGUUUCGUUUUCGAUUCUACUACUACUUCUACUACUACUCUGCUACUACUCUACUACUACUACUUCUGCAGUACGUCGAAGCUCGCAUUUUAAAUGGAUUGCGAUAGUUGAAAACAAACCUCAUGAACAGGUCGACCUGGAGGAUCCCGAGGGUUGGUGCGGCUACGACGAGCAACAACAGGAUUCGAUCGGCGUUUACAACUUCGAAGCGAGGUUUGUCCAUGUGAAAAAGUAAACCUAAACACCCGGUGAGCAUUGACAUAAGCAUAAAGCAGCGCAGCGACAAAAAAGGAAAAAGGAAUAUAACUACUUGGCCCUUAGGUGGGUAGAAAAAAAAAUAAAUCACCAGAUGAGAAAAC